GCGACUGGUUUGCUAGUCUAAUAUUAAUGAUUGCAUAAUAUAUGCGGAAGUACCAAACACAGGAAACGAAAAAUGGCCGCUCAACAAGAUAGAUUGUACGACUCCCUCGCCGAAGACGCGAGAAAACUCCGCGAACUCGGCAAAUCCUGGGGAUUGGACGACACGGACAUAGAUUCGUGUUUCCAGCAGGCCUUAGCGGCCGAUAAAAGGCCACCAAAGCCCCGUAGAGGCCGAGCAUGCCGGUGUUUUGGGCUGUCCAUCUUCGGUGUUUUCGUGGUGUUGUUGGCGGUGUACGGGUUGGUGGCUUAUCACAAACCCACGAAGAUGUUCGCUAUGCGGCACACGCAGGAUUUCCUGUACCCGAUGAUGAGGGCGAUUAGGAUUGCGUCCCUGCCGUUGAGGGCGGUUAUUGAUUUAUCUGGCCUCCAUGAGCAGGAAUGUCUGGUUGCCAAUCCUUUCUUCGGCAGUUAUGAUCAAGUGGACUGCUGGCCAUGUGAGGAGAUCCCUAAAGUCCAUACUUUCCGGAAUCUGCGCAAUUUCACACGAUACUACUAUCACUCUGCGAUACCAUUUGUCGUCAAGGAUGCCAACAUCAGCCAGGUGACAUUCAACGAUCUCAAGUCGCUCUACCUGGACAACGCCGACCAGCUCAGCUACAGCGCCCUCAAUGUCAAGAGCAACAACGCCUACAUCCGCAGCAUCGAUGACCUCUUGACCCCUACCAGGAACAUGGGGGAUCUCCUGGGCACCGAUUUUCAUUUAGAGUGGCGUGUCCAGAGAGCGGGCGGGGUCAGGCUGAUCCGGAGCAUGUCACCCAAGCCGUACUUUGUGCCCCAGAAGGCGGAGGUUGCAUCCGAAAUGUUCAUGUUGAUACACACCCCUAGCGCCGAGGCACACCCAUUGCCUUGGCCUGAGCAACCUAACGCCUGGAUAACCCAGGCCUAUGGGUCGCAGGAGGUAACCUUGGAUCCUAUAUCAGCCUGUAAGGAGAACUGCACUGAACUCCGCAUAGUCCUUGAACAGUCCGACGUGUUGUUCUAUGCUCCACGAUACUGGCAGAUGAACGCUUUCUCUUACGGCGACGACGUCAGCAUAGCUUUUAUGGGAUCUUUCUUCUGAAGCCAUCCGACAUGUGUCUAAUUGUACUUCUAGUUUAAACAUGAACAUAACACCAAUAUUGAGUGGUUUUCAAUUUGAUUAUGAUUGGUGAAUGGUAUACUGCGUAUUAAUGUAAUACAUUUAGUACAGUUUACGUCUGUGAGGCAGUGGAUUUCAU